AUGGCCCCAUUCACCCACACGACGUGUGGGCGAAAGUUGUGGAGAGAGCGUCGAUCUGCGCUGACCUGCGCUGACCCGACCGUGAUCGCCAGCUCUCGACUCGACCAGAUCCUAAUCCGUCCCAUCCCUGCCUCGUCCUCUAACCUCGUCCACACCUACGCCCACGCUCGCCACCGUAGGGCGGAGGCGGAAGGACAGGCUUGGAAGCGAGAAGGGACGGAGGACGAGGAUAUCCAUGAGCCCUACCCGCUCUCCCGCUCAAUUGGCGCACCCCUCUCAAAGCUACGCCAGCUGGAGCACCUUCAACCUUAUGAUCCUACACGCUCCCGCCGUCGACAGAAUGUACGCCCGAUUGAUUCUACGCCCGCUCUCCCGCUCUCCUCCCUCGACGCCAUGCCCACCAACACCCACGACAUCCCCUCCAUCGCCGUCACAGGCUCCACAGAAUACCUCCACCUCUUCACCCCCAACGACGACCAGCACAAAAUCCCCCUCGACGAUCUCGUUCUCAGGCCCCUCCUGUCCAGCCAAACCGCACGCGCUCACCCUCCGAGCCCGGCUUUCUCUCUCUCCCAAAACCCAUCCUCAGGACAGCAAGAAACUCCCUCGAGGCCCCCCCCGCAAAAACCGCCAGACGAACACGACCGCAUCUCGUCCCUCGGCCUCAUUUCGCCCUCUGCCUCCGGCCACCGCCGCAAGGGCAGCAACGCCACUUUCACAAGCUCCAUCAGUGGCAGCGAGACAGAGACCGACCACACCGGCGAAUCCUCCAACAUCGCUCUCAGCCCCCUCCUCACCGCUCGCUCUGAUGCCAGCACGCUCGCGUCCCCGACACACACACACGUUGACUCGGCCUCCGACAGCGGCUCCCGCCCCGGCUCGCGCUCCAGCUUUGUCGAAAAGUUUCACUGCCUUCGCCCCACGUCGCGCUCCCCGGAAGGCUCUGACAGCAUCGAUACUGACGCAUCCAACGCCCUCCCUCCUGCGCCCAAGCCCGAGAAGAAGGGAAAGGGGAAGAAGAAGCGCGAGGUCGAGCGCCUCGCCGCCAUCGAGCUCGAGCAAAGUGCGAACAAGGAUCCCGCACCGUUCGCCUUCAAGCCCUUCCAGCUCGCGAGCCACCUCGAUCCAAAGAACAUCGAGGCCCUCGAGGACCUGGGCGGUGUCGACGGUCUUUUGCGCGGCCUGGGGACUCACCAGACUCUCGGACUGGGUGCGGCAAACCUCGCGGCCAAGGCGGGCCCGCCCGAUCACGCGUCGCAACCUGUGCAAGGCACUCGGAAGAGCAGGGACAUUGAAGAAGGUUCAGAGGAGCAAGUCCCAAGCAUCACCAUCACAAAGCCCAGCGGGGAGAUCAAGGGACUCCAGAGCACAGCCAGCUUGAGUGAUGCUGCACAGUCCGCGUCAGGCAGUACGCCCGAAGCGUAUGGGAUGUUCGGAAACGCGAAAAAGCAAGAGCUUACUGCUUUUGAUGUGGCUGGUGCUGAGGACAAGGUCUUGAUCCUCUUGUCGGUCGCGGCGAUCGUCUCGCUCGCGCUGGGCUGCUUCCAGGACUUCGGCACGCCGCGCGCCAGCGACGACUCCCCUGUGGACUGGGUCGAGGGCGUGGCCAUCAUCGUCGCGAUCGUCAUCGUCGUCUCGCAGAAGGAACGGCAGUUUAAGACACUCAAAGAGAAGGAGGAGCGCGCGGUCAAGGUAAUUCGUGGUGGCGUCGAGAUGCUAGUGGACGUGCACGAGGUCGUCGUCGGCGAUGUGGCGCUUCUUGAGCCUGGCGAGAUCGUCCCCUGCGACGGCAUCUUCCUGUCUGGGUAUAAUGUCUGGUGUGACAAGGUUGGUGCAACGGGCGAGUCGGACGCGAUCAAGAAGCUCUCAUAUGAGGAGUGUAUACGCAUUCACGACGAGCGGCUGUUGGAAGAUAGUCCCGCGGCGUCGGACGUUGAGCAAGCCGGUCAUGAGGGUGCCGACGGAGACGUGAAACGUGAAGAAGGCGCGCCCGUCGGGGAUGUAUUUGCUAGGGCACACGGACCGCUUCAUUAUCACGGGAGCAAAGUGCUCGAUGGCGUCGGCUCGUACGUCGUCAUCGCCGUCGGCACGAAGAGUUUCAACGGUCGAAUCAUGAUGGCUUUAUGGACGGACGCGGGAGACACCCCGCUCCAGCUCAACGACUUGGCAGAGGUCAUUGCCAAGGUCGGCGCUCUCGCGGGCUUGCUCCUGUUCAUGGCCUUGAUGAUUAGGUUCUUCGUCCAACUUGGCACCGGUGAAUCCGUCCGUACUACGAACGAGGAAGGCAUCGCAUUUGUUCAGAUUUUGAUUAUUGCUGUGAUGCUCGUCGUCGUCGCUUUGCCUGAAGGUCUACCGCUUGCGGUCACGUUGGCACUUGCAUUUGCGACGAAGCGAAUGACACAGGAAAAGUUGCUCAUGCGCAUCCUCGGGUCCUGCGAAACGAUGGCAAACGCAUCUGUCAUCUGCACGGACAAGACAGGUACCUUGACGCAAAACGAGAUGACCAUCGUCGCCGGCUCCGUCGGCGUUCACUCCAAGUUCGUGCGGCAAUGUGAGGACAACAAGGCGCGCUCGAACGUCGAUGACCUGAACACGUCGGACGACUGCAAGCGCGUGCAGGAUUUCUCGCUCGAUCAGGUGCAACUCAACAAGGUGCUCUCACCCGCGCUCAAGACGCUCUUCAACGACACGAUCGCCGUAAACUCGACCGCGUUCGAGGACAGUGAUUGUGUGGUUCAUUUUUGGAGGGUAGGCGACCAAACAGGAGCUAGAGCAGUACACGCUCGCCCCGGCAUCAGCAUCGAACGAGUCCUCGCCCACCCUGUACUCGGUCGAGGAGGCAAAGCCGGCGGUGCCUGUGCAGCGCGCGAGCUCGUCGUCGGCCUCGAACAGGCGCGUGGACCGUCCAGAGGAGGCCCACUACCCGCUGCAGCCCAAUCUGCUCAGCCAGCAGCCGCCCUACUCGGCCGAGUCGCCGUCGAGGCGUCUGCCAUUCUCAGGGCGCUCGUCGGGCGAUGGCCGCUUCCGCAAAGCGUUGUCGGAGCGCUCGAGCUCCGCGGGCCGCUCGCCGCCGCCGAUUUUUGGUUAGAUGCCCACGGGGAGCACAACGGGCGUGCUCAGCAACGACUCGGAGGUCGCGGAGGGCUCCGAGGACGCUUGGAUGGAGCUCAAGGUAAAAUUCGUAUCCCCUACCUCAAGGCGCAGACCGGUUCGAGCGUCUACGCCAUCCAGAGCGUUCUGUCCGGUGGCCGCUCCCUGACGCCUUCGCCGACGCUCAACGAGAACCUCACGCAGAUCAUCAAGAUCGUGUACAGUAUCGUCGCCGUCUGCCACAACAACCUCCCGCCCGCGUCGGCGCAGCGGGGGAACGACAUCCUGCGCGAGCUCAGCGACUACACGAACAAGCUCAGUGAGGUCCAAGCCAUGCGCGACACUCCCACGAUGCAACCUCGGACAGGGUUGACUCCGCGUGGCGGCAUUUUCGACGUCGAGCUCGGAAGCGUGUUCUCUGUCAUUCCCAUCCCUGUCCCCAUCUCUAUGCCCAUGCUCAUCUCUCCAUCUGUCUUCUCGUCGUCCAUCUGGAAGCCACGCUCGUUGUCGGCCUACCGCUGA